AUGAUAAUUAAUGCAACUUGUCAUGAUAGAUUUAUAGGAUUUUAUGGACCAAUGGGAAGCAUGACUUUGAUUGUGAAAGAUCCAGGAAUGAUCAAACAAAUAGCAAUUAAAGAUUUCGAUUCCUUCGUAAAUCGUGAUUCGAAUUUAUUCGCAUUGGAUGAUUUAAUUCAACGCUCAGUUUUAACGCUUAAAGAUCAAAAGUGGAAAGAAAUGAGAUCAAUGUUAAGCCCAAUUUAUACAAGUUCGAAAAUGAAAUACAUGUAUGAACUUUUGGUUGAAUGUGUCGAAGAAUUUGUGGACGUUUUUGGGACUAAAGCAAAAGAAAAUAAUGGAGUUGUUCAAAUUGCUACUCAAGAUGUCUUUGCGAGAGUCACAGCUGAUGGAAUUUCAACAACGGCAUUGGGAUUCAAAGGAGACUGUGUGAAAAACAAAGACAGUGAAAUUUAUAAGAUUGCUGAAGCUUUAGAAGAAGAUUUUUCAAAUCCAACAACACUCACAUUAUCAUUCUUAGUUCCAUGGCUCUUCAAACUACUUGGAAUGCAAUUGUUUAGGAAAAGCAUUCAUGAUUUCUUUCUUGUUAAUGUGAUUGAUGAAAUGAAACGAAGGCGUGAAGGAAAAAUUGUGCGACCAGACGUUAUUCAGCUUUUAGUACAAGCUAAAGAAGGACAAUUGAAACUUGAAUCUGGUGAUACUGAAGAAUUAAAUUACACGGAUUCUAAGUUGAAAAAAAUUACAAAUUGGACAGAUAAAGAUCUUGUAGCUCAAGCUAUGGUUUUCUUCCUUGGUGGUUUUGAAACAACAGCAACACUCAUGCAAACAAUUUCUUAUGAACUUGCACAUAAUCCUGACGUUCAACAAACAUUAACAAAUGAAGUUGACGACAUGUUAGACAAUUUGAAUGGGAAAACAAUUUCUUACGAUCAGUUGAAUCAAAUGAAAUUCCUUGAAAUGGUCGUAAAUGAGACAUUGAGAAAAUGGCCUUCAUUUAGAGCUACAACUCGAACAACAUUCAAAGAUUAUACAUUAAAAAAUGAAGAAAAUGGAAAAACUUAUAAAAUCAUUCAAGGCACAGAUAUAAUUUUCCCGAUAGGAGAUAUCCAGAAUGAUCCCAAAUUCUUCCCCAACCCUGAAAAAUUUGAUCCCUAUAGAUUCAGUGACGAGAAUAAAUCAAAGAUUGAAACAGGAAGUUACAUUCCAUUCGGCAUGGGUCCCCGAAAUUGCAUUGGAAGUCGUUUUGCUUUGUUGGAAGCUAAACUGUUGUUGUUCUACGUUAUGUCAAGGUUUUCAAUAGUCAAAACUGACAAAACACCAGAUAAACUUACUUUUACUUUCGGGAAUGUUGGAUUUAAUGAGACAAUUUAUGUUGGAUUAAAAUUGCGCAAAUUUAUAGGAUUUUAUGGACCAAUGGGAAGCAUGACUUUGAUUGUGAAAGAUCCAGGAAUGAUCAAACAAAUAGCAAUUAAAGAUUUCGAUUCCUUCGUCAAUCGUGAUUCGAAUUCAUUCGCAUUGGAUGAUUUAAUUGAACGGUCAGUUUUAACGCUUAAAGAUCAAAAAUGGAAAGAAAUGAGAUCAAUGUUAAGCCCAAUUUAUACGAGUUCGAAAAUGAAAUACAUGUAUGGACUUUUGGUCGAAUGUGUUGAAGAAUUUGUGGACGUUUUUGGGACAAAAGCAAAAGAAAAUAAUGGAGUUGUUCAAAUUGCUACUCAAGAUGUCUUUGCGAGAGUCACAGCUGAUGGAAUUUCAACAACGGCAUUGGGAUUCAAAGGAGAUUGUGUGAAAAACAAAGACAGUGAAAUUUAUAAGAUUGCUGAAGCUUUAGAAGAAGAUUUUUCAAAUCCAAGAACACUCACAGUGCCAUUCCUGGAUCCAUGGCUUUACAAACUACUUGGAAUGCAAGUCUUUAGGAAAAGCAUUGAUGAUUUCUUUCUUGUUAAUGUGAUUGAUGAAAUGAAACGAAGACGUGAAGGAAAAAUUGUGCGACCAGACGUUAUUCAGCUUUUAGUACAAGCUAAAGAAGGACAAUUGAAACUUGAAUCUGGUGAUACUGAAGAAUUAAAUUACACGGAUUCUAAGUUGAAAAAAAUUACAAAUUGGACAGAUAAAGAUCUUGUAGCUCAAGCUAUGGUUUUCUUCCUUGGUGGUUUUGAAACAACAGCAACACUCAUGCAAACAAUUUCUUAUGAACUUGCACAUAAUCCUGACGUUCAACAAACAUUAACAAAUGAAGUUGACGACAUGUUAGACAAUUUGAAUGGGAAAACAAUUUCUUACGAUCAGUUGAAUCAAAUGAAAUUCCUUGAAAUGGUCGUAAAUGAGACAUUGAGAAAAUGGCCUUCAUUUAGAACUACAACUCGAACAACAUUCAAAGAUUAUAUAUUAAAAAAUGAAGAAAAUGGUAAAACUUAUAAAAUACUUCAAGGCACAGAUAUAAUUUUCCCGAUAGGAGAUAUCCAGAAUGAUCCCAAAUUCUUCCCCAACCCUGAAAAAUUUGAUCCCUAUAGAUUCAGUGACGAGAAUAAAUCAAAGAUUGAAACAGGAAGUUACAUUCCAUUCGGCAUGGGUCCCCGAAAUUGCAUUGGAAGUCGAUAUGCUUUGUUGGAAGCUAAACUGUUGUUGUUCUACGUUAUGUCAAGGUUUUCAAUAGUCAAAACUGACAAAACACCAGAUAAACUUACUUUUACUUUCGGGAAUGUUGGAUUUAAUGAGACAAUUUAUGUUGGAUUAAAAUUGCGCAAGUAAAUCUUAAAUAUUCGCUUAAAGCUAUCAAAAACUGAAACGAAAAUGUACCAUUAUCUACAUACACCAAACAUUAAUGCUUUUCAUAAUAACUUCAAAUGAUGAAAUUUAUUUAAUAAAAAUGAACCCACACAAUUUCAGUUUGUGCAGAAUUUGAACAUUUUUUUAAUUUAAUCAUCCAAUUGAGUAAAUGACAAACUCAAUGCGUAAUUGUUUUAGUGUAAAUUAACCUCUUCAUAACCUUGAACUGUAGUUUAGCGAUGAUGUAAUUAUUUGAUGUUAAAAAUAAAUAUCUUUCAGAUGUUAGCAAUUUAUAAAAGUUUUAUUUUUGAGGUGACAGAAGAAUAUCGAACGAAUUUAAAGCUUUAAAUAAAAAUCAAAUUUCAAAGUGGUUUAAUAGCAUCAUUUCUUUUAAUUAAAUAAUGACUGUUU